AUGAAUUCUUUUCAAUAAAAUAAAAGAGUUUGCAUUGCACCUUUUUAUAAGACUGAAUAUGAAGUUUAUAAGUGGGCUUAAAUAUAUCACAGGUUUUUAAAGGUUAAAAUUCAAGUGUAAAUUAACCAAAACCAAAUCAUUUAUUCGUACUAAGGCGAAGCUUUGAAAAGGUAAAAGAUAGCUUAAAUUAUUUAAGCCUAUUGCUUGAUAACUAAUCAGAUGAUAAUAAUUAACUAUUUUAUAAUUUGGAAUAGAUCAGAAAUUUGGAUUGGAAAGGCCUAUUUGGAAAAAACAAUUAAAAAACUGGAUUUUGGAAUGCAUAUUGGAAUUAAUAAAAGCUUGAGCUUGUUGGGGGGUACUUAUGGAAUGGGAGUAAAAUCGGAAACUGGAUAGAUUUAUUUUAGAAUUAUUUUUGGUAAAUUCUUGGAUAAAAUAAAAAUAGUCAAUCCUAAGUAUUUGAGAUAGGUGAAUAUCAGGAAAAUAAGAAAAAAGGAAGAUGGAAAUAUACUUUUGAAAAUAUUGAGAUGUACAUUACUUUUAAAUAUUUAGUGGUGGAGGAAGUUAUUUUAGUGAAGGAGAAAUGAAUAAUAUUAAAAUAGGAAAAUGGAUUGAUUUAGAUGAUGAAUUUAGAAGUAACAAAUAAGUGACCUAUAAUGGUGAAUAUAAAUUUGGUAAAAAAGUUGGCAGAUGGGAUAUUUAUUUUAGAAAUGAAUAGAAUAAUGCAUUUCAACUAAUGUAAAAUAUAUUAAAUAGUGAAUCAUUAUAAAUGAAUUAGUGGUGGAGGAUUUUAUGAUGAAAGAGGGGAUGGUUUUAAGAAUGGACGAUGGAUUGAAUUGGAUGAGGAAUUUAAUUGUAAUAAAUAAGUCAUUUUCAUUGGUGUAUAUAAUAAUGGAAAAAAAAUUGGAAAAUGGGAUAUAUGGUUUAGAUAAGAAAUUAGUCAAUCAUUUACAUCAAUGUAAUUAUAUAAUCUAAAAUGCGAAAUUAUAAAUGUAUUAGUGGUGGAGGAUUAUAUGAUGAAGGAAAUGAUGGUGUGAAAAUUGGAAAGUGGAUUGAUUUAGAUGAGGGAUUUUAUUAUGAAAAAUAAGUUACUUAUAAUGGUGAAUAUAAAAAUGGUAAAAAAGUUGGUAGAUGGGAUAUAUUUUUAAAAAAAAUAUAGAAAGUUAAUUUUAAAAAAAUGUAAAAUAUUUUUAUAAAGUAUGAAACCAAAAUGUCUUAGGGGAGGUGGCACUUAUGAUCAAGGUAUUAAAAAAGGGUAAUGGAUUGAUUUGGAUGAAUGGUUUUAUAUUAAAAAAUAUGUAACUUGGAAAGGUAAAUAUGAAAAUGGUAGAAAAUGUGGUGAAUGGGAUAUUCGUUAUUUAGACAAUUCUCCUAUAACAAUCAUGUAAAAUAUUUUAUAUAAAGUAUGAAACUAAAAUGUCUUAGUGGAGGUGGUACUUAUGGCUUAGGUAUUAAAAGUGGGUAGUGGACUGAUUUGGAAGAAUAAUUUAAUGAUAAAAAAUAGGCAAUUCAUAAAGGAAAAUAUUAAAAUGGUAAGAAAGUUGGUAGAUGGGAUAUUCUUUAUAGAAAUAAUUAGACAGGGGAAUUUACAACAAUGUAAAAUAUUUUAUAUAAAGUAUGCAAUUAAAAUGUCUAAGUGGAGGUGGUAAUUACGAUCAAGGUAUUAAAAAAGGACAUUGGACUAAUUUAGAGGAGAAAUUUGAUAUUAAAAAAUAACUAAUUAUUGUAGGUAAAUAUGAAAAUGGUAAAAAAAUUGGUUAAUGGGAUAAAUUUUAAUAUCAUGAAUAAUAAGAAUAUUUUUGGCAGUAAUAUAUAAAUAUAUCAUAUCUUUAGGGGAUCUGUGGUCUAUGAUUUAUUCGGAAAUAAAAUAUAUCAAAAAGAAAAGUAUAAUUUGAUAAAUUCAUUUAUUUAGUUAGUAAGAAAUAGUCUAUAAAGGGCAAUAGAAAAAUUCCAGAAAAGCAGGUAGAUGGGAUAUCUAUUGUAGAAAUUAAUAACAGAAAUUAAUGUAAAUUAUCAUAUAUAUAGUGCAAAAUGAUAAAUCUAUUAGUGGUGGAGGAUUAUAUGAUGAAGGAAAUGAUGGUAUGAAAAUUGGAAAGUGGAUUGAUUUAGAUGAGGGAUUUUAUUAUGGAUAAUACGUUACUUAUAAUGGUGAAUAUAAAAAUGGUAAGAAAGUUGGUAGAUGGGAUAUUCUUUAUAGAAAGAAUUAGACAGGUGAAUUUACAACAAUGUAAAAUAUUUUAUAUAAAGUAUGCAAUUAAAAUGCCUUAGCGGAGGUGGUAAUUAUGAUGAAGGAGGUAUCAAAAUUGGAGAAUGGACUGAUUUAGUAGGGAAAUUUGAUAUUAAUUAAAAACUAAUUAUUGCAGGUAAAUAUGAAAAUGGUAAAAAAAUUGGUUAAUGGGAUAAAUUUUAAUAUCAUGAAUAAUAAGAAUAUUUUUGGCAGUAAUAUAUAAAUAUAUCAUAUCUUUAGGGGAUCUGUGGUCUAUGAUUUAUUCGGAAAUAAAAUAUAUCAAAAAGAAAAGUAUAAUUUGAUAAAUUCUUUUAUUUAGUUAGUAAGAAAUAGUCUAUAAAGGGCAAUAGAAAAAUUCCAGAAAGGCAGGUAGAUGGGAUAUCUAUUGUAGAAAUUAAUAACAGAAAUUAAUGUAAAUUAUCAUAUAUAUAGUGCAAAAUGAUAAAUCUAUUAGUGGUGGAGGAUUAUAUGAUGAAAGAGGGAAUGGUAUUAAGCGUGGGUUAUGGAUUGAUUUGCAUUAUCCAGUGUUCUGUGAUAAAUAAGUUUUUAUAAUUGGUGAAUAUAAAAAUGGUAAAAAAACUGGUAAAUGGCGUGUUUCUUAUAAUAAUCAAUAGCCUUAUAUUGAAAUGUAAAUAUAAUAUAUAAUAGUCAACUCUAAUAUUGUAUUAGCGGUUAUGGAUAUUAUGCAGAGAAUGGUAAUAAAAUUGGCUAGUGGAAUGAUUUGUACUAAGGAUUUAAUUAACAUAAAUAAAUAACUUAUAAAGGCGAAUACAGAAAUGGUCAUAAAAUUGGUAGAUGGGAUAUUUAUUAUCGAGAUACUUUGAAAGAUGCAUUUAUAGAGAUGUAAAUUAGGUUGUAUAAAGCGCGCAAUUAAAAUUUUUAAGUGGUGGUGGAUUAUAUGAUGAAGGAGAUAGCAUAAAAAUAGGAAAGUGGAUUGAUUUGGAUGAGGGAUUUAAUUACUAUAAAUAAGUAACUUAUAAAGGCUUUUAUGUUAAUGGUAAAAAAGUUGGUAGAUGGGAUAUUGAAUUUAAAAGAGAUGACAGUCAACAAUUUUCAUUAAUGUAAAAUUUUAUAAAAAUUCUUUACAUAAUUCGUGUUAGUGGUGGUGGAUUAUACGAUUUAGAGGGUAGUGGCGAAAAAAUUGGGUCAUGGAUUGAAUUGGAUGCUCAAUUUGAUAAUUAAAAAUAAGAAACCUAUAUUGGUGUUUAUAAUAAUGGUUAAAAAGUUGGUUUUUGGGAUCUAUUAGUUUAUUAUUAAGAUAAUUAUUAUUGGCAGUAAAAUAUAAUCUAUAUCAUUAAGAGAUUCUAAUUUAUAUGAUAUAUUUGAAAAUUGUAAAGUUCAACAAAUUAUUCUGUAAGAUAUGAAUUUAAAUUUUUUUAGUUUUCCUAAAAUUGUUUACAAGGGAAAAUUUAAAAAUUGUAAAAAAUUUGGUAGAUGGGAUAUUGAGUAUAGAAAAGACAACUGCAAACCAAUUGAAUAAAUGUAAAGAUUAUAUAAAAAGUUUUUACUUCUACAUUCGUAUUAGUGGUGGUGGAUCAUAUGAUGAAGAGGGUAAUGGUGUUAAGAUUGGAUAAUGGAUUGAAGUGGAUGAGAAUUUUAAUAAUAACUAAACGAUCUAUGAUGGUUACUAUAAUAAUGGUUAAAAAGUUGGUGUAUGGGUCAAAAAGCAAAGAGAAUGA